AUGGCUCCUGGAAAUGGCUCUUUGGUGACUGAAUUCAUACUGGUCGGGUUAACAGAUCACCCAGACCUCCAAUUCCCCCUGUUCUUCCUCUUUCUAGCAAUGUACACAUUCACUGUGCUGGGAAACUUCGGCUUGGUGACUCUAAUUGGACUGAAUUCCCACCUUCACACCCCCAUGUACUUUUUCCUCUUUAACUUGUCCUUCAUAGACCUCUGUUAUUCUUCUGUUUUUACACCCAAAAUGUUGGUCAACUUUUUAUCAAAGAAGAAUGUAAUCUCCUACCAGGGUUGCAUGACACAGUUCUUCUUCUUCUGUUUUUUCGGCGUCUCUGAGUGCUAUGUGCUGACAUCCAUGGCCUGUGAUCGCUAUGUGGCCAUCUGUAAUCCAUUCUUAUAUAACAUUGCCAUGUCCCCUAAAGUGUGCUCCUGCCUCAUUUUUGGUUCAUACUUGAUGGCAUUUUCUACUGCUAUGACCCACACCGGAUGCAUGCUGAGACUGACCUUCUGUGAUGCCAACACCAUCAACCAUUAUUUCUGUGACAUCCUCCCUGUGCUCCAGCUCUCCUGCACAAGCACCUAUGUCAAUGAGCUGGUGGUGUUCAUUGUAGUGAGCAUCAACAUGAUUGUGCCCAGUCUCACCAUCUUCAUCUCUUAUGGUUUCAUUCUCUGCAGCAUCCUGCACAUCAGUUCCACUGAAGGCAGGUCCAAAGCCUUCAGCACCUGCAGUUCCCACAUAAUGGCUGUUUCUCUGUUCUUUGGAUCAGGUUCAUUCAUGUAUCUCCAACCAUUUUCUGAAUUGUCUAUGGAUGAGGGAAAAAUUUCCUCUGUCUUUUACAGCAAUGUUGUUCCCAUGAUGAACCCUUUAAUCUACAGCUUGAGGAAUAAAGAUGUAAUACUUGCUAUGAGAAAAACACUGAGUUGGAGAAGGUUCUUAUGUGCAUGUAGUUUCAGAAAUAGUGGUUUCUGA